GCUUUAAUACCUCUGAUCCACCCAAGCGGAUUCGCUCAUUCUGGAAAGAUCUCGAUUUUAAACCAGAGUUCUCAUGUUCAUGAAUUCGCAUCAACACAUGCCACCACGAGGAUGAGCCAAACAGCAGGACCCCACCCUAACACUCAAUGUGUCAACAUGUUCGUGAGGAGCUAAGACCAAGCGACGGAGUAAAAGCACAUGCUGAAGCGAGAUGUCAUACAGCAGCCAGACUUCCCCGGACUCCAGCAACAACAACAGCAGCUCCAGUCUGGCGUCUCACUAUGCCACAGCGGCGCUGGGCGUGGGGCUGCUGGUACUGGGUGUCGUGAUGAUUCUGUGGAGCAUGCUGCCUGCCGGUACAGCCGUGAACACACCCGAAUCUGUAGAUGGACAAGCAGUUCGAAACACUUCCUCGGUGGGAUUUGUCCUGCUGGGCACAGGAGUGGCCAUGCUGCUGCUCUCGCUCUUUCUGGGAGCACAGAACAAAUACAGAACACAGAGACAUGAGAACAGCAAUGAUAACACACACCCAGAGCAAGGACAAGAAGGGGAGAGGCAACUGGACAAUGCUGAACAAUACACAGUACCUACCUACGAGGAGGUGGUUGGAAGUGAUCAGUACCCUAUCAGACAGUUUUCUCCACGCCAGAACAGCACCACCCGUCUGCCAGCCUAUGAAGAACUGGUGGCGAGGACGCAGGACGAAUCGGAGGGUUCCGAUCCAACACGAACACAGCUCACAGGCCAGACACGAACACUCCCUGCUCAGCUCCCUCAAAAGAACGGCCGGACACGCCUCAAUAUGAUUUCAUUACCACUGAGGACGAAGAGCACAAGCAGCGAACCUCAGAUUGUUGUCUCCAGCAUCGAACCUCUCACUCCUCCACCUCAAUAUGAGGAAAAUCCUCCUCAACUUUCACUACCAGCACAGUGA